AUGAGCUCCAUACCGACCCCCGAGGGAGUGAUCAACUGGGACACCCUCAAUGAAAUCGUGUCAAUGGACGAGGACAGCCCAGAUUUCUCGAAAAACCUGAUCAUUCAGUAUUUCGAUCAGGCCGCGACCACUUUCGACCAGAUUCAGGAGGAGUUGGACGGCAAGUGCGAACUCGAGCAACUGGCAUCCUUGGGCCAUUUUUUGCGUGGAUCUUCGGCUGCGUUGGGACUACAACGGAUCGCAUGGGCUUGUGAACGCAUACAGAAUCUCGGCCGUAAGCGUGAAGGUUCUAUAAGGGGCCAAACUGUUCCUGACUCUCACUACGCACAGCUCAUCACUGAGGCUCUGGCUUAUGCCAGAACUGAGUUCAUCGCUGCCAAGGCCGAGCUAUCUGCAUUCUACGGAAGUGAACUCUGA